GCUCUUACCCAAGAGGUCUCCCAGCCGCCUGCAUUUCCUCAUCCUGAGCAGGUAUGCCUUCAUUCACUGUUUCGCUCCAAGGUGAAUCACCACCACUUUCCUUUUAAGGCGAGGCUGCUCAUAGGAAGUGGGGGAAGGGUUCACUGGGAGCUUCUCUUCACCACGCCUUGUUCUCGCUCUGGGCUGAGACGCCAAGCCAAAAGCCGAUCCCAGCAGCUGAGCUCAGCAGAGACUCUGACGGCUCUCCAAGCAGCUGCCUGAUCCCUCUCGAAGCCGGCCUGCCCGCCCAGCACUUCCCACCCGCGGCUCCCACCAUGGCAAGGAACCACCAAGUACAGAAGGCCAAGCUGGCCGAGCAGGCCGAGCGUUACGAAGACAUGGCCGACUUCAUGAAGGCGGUGGUGGAGGACGGGUCCGAACUCUCCAACGAGGAGCGCAACCUCCUCUCGGUGGCUUACAAGAACGUGGUGGGCUGCCAGAGGUCUGCCUGGAGGGUCAUCUCCAGCAUUGAGCACAAGACCGAGGAAGGCGACGACAAGGCUCAGCUGGUGAAUGAGUACCGGGAGAAGAUCGAGAAGGAGCUGAAGAACGUCUGCAACGUUGUCUUAGGCCUGCUGGACAAGCACCUCAUCCCGAAAGCCGGUGACGCAGAGAGCAAAGUUUUCUACUUGAAGAUGAAAGGUGACUAUUUCCGCUACCUGGCCGAGGUGGCUGCCGGCGAUGACCGCAAACAGAUCAUCGAUAACGCCCGGAAAGCCUACCAAGAGGCGAUGGACAUCAGCAAGAAGGAGAUGCAACCCACAAACCCCAUCCGCUUGGGCCUUGCCCUCAAUUUCUCGGUCUUCCACUAUGAGAUUGCCAACGCUCCCGAAGAUGCCAUCAAACUGGCCAAGACCACCUUUGACGAGGCCAUGGGAGACCUCCACACGCUCAGCGAAGACUCCUACAAGGACAGCACCCUCAUCAUGCAGCUUCUCAGAGACAACCUCACGCUAUGGACGGCGGAGUGUUCAGGAGAAGAAGGGGGAGAGGCCGGCGAAGAGCCCAAGAACUGAACUUUUCCGACCUCCGGAGGAUGGUAACUCCCCAUCGCCUUCUUCCUUCCACCCCAACCUCUCCCUUCCCAUCCUAUUUUUAUAAGAUGUGUCUCCGGAUCCUGAAAGUUCUGGCUGGAUUUUGACAGCAACAAAGGGGACUGAUUCUACACACGGGACUCGUGCAUGUGCCCAGCCUUCCUCAUGUGUGACGUCUUUUGGGGUCACUGCUGUCCCUCGGCACUGGUGUUCCAGGUCUGGGUUGUCUGCUCCGCCCCACGGCCUCAGUGCCUUGGUUUGUACAAACCCUUGUACUUGGCGGCAGCAUCCAGUCAACCCAAGGGUCUUCCCGAUCGGUCAUGGGGACUGAGCUAGGUAUAUGUAUCUCUCCCAAUGUUUAAAAAUCAAAAAGCGGCAAGCAGAAAAAUGGUUUUGCAUGGCGAAGAUACCAAAAUAGUAUUGGAAGAGUAAAACCAGGGUAGCCUUGCUUACCAGGGUAGGCACCUCUUAUUCUGCAGGGUUUUUUUUCUCAUUCCCGGCAUCCUGUUGUUGCAAGAAGAGGGUGGUGGUGGGCUUUUGCUGAGCGGGGAUGGGGGGGACGGACGCUUUGGAACAAAACUCUCAAGUGGGCCUCUUGUUAUUGUGGUGUUACUGAGGUGGUGUGCUGCAGUAUUCUUCCCCAAUAAAAGUUCACUUUCAUGCCUGC